AUAAAAAUGGAGCUAAAGAAUAAAGAAGUGGAACUUAAAAUUGAGGAAACUCAAGAGAAAAUUAUAAAAAGAAUCAUAUACUCUUACAUUAAAAGAAUUAGCUAUGAUGGCAACUCCGAGAUCGAAAAACUUACUUGGGUAUGCUCUGAUUAUAACCAAAUUUAUUCAAAUCUUUUUGUGAAAAAGAUGAACCUUUUCAAUAUCAAAGGAGCCAAUUUAGUUACUGCAAUGAAAUUAAACAAUAAGAAAGCAUUUGAAAAUCUUGUAAAGCACCCUAUUUUUAGAUCAAUCUCUUGUCUUUCUUUAUCCUUUCAGAAUCCAAAUGGAAAAGGUAAUUUUGCUUAUUAUUACCGAAGAGUUAUCAAAUUUAUUCCAAGAGUAAUAACAUCCUUAACUCUAAAAUCCUGCGAAAUACAUCAGAUUCACUUUAAAAGAAUUAUUCAAGCAGGAAGGCAUUUAGAGGAAUUAAUCUUUAUACAAUGAAAUAUCACUGACACUAGUCUAAAACUAAACGAUUCUCUACAUUAUUCAAUUAAAAUAAUAGGCUUCAAGGCUACUAACACAACCCAAUCUAUCCUCCAUGCUGAAAAGACAAUCAAAGCCUUCCUGGGAGCUGCUUCUUCAACAAACCUGGUCUCCUCCCUUACCCACUUAUGCUUGAGUCCCACUUCUCUCUACGAAUACAUGGAAGACUACAUCAGAUCUCUCUCAUUCACUAACCUAAGAGUUUGCAGAAUGUUUUAACUUUUAACCUAAUUGUUCAGCCUCCAAAA